CCACAAUCAUUUUCUUCUGGCUUUUAUAGCUAUUAAUAGUUUAAUUUCCCCGAUAUCUGCUUGUAAGAACCUGGUAAUCAUGGCAACCAUCUCCAUGACAACAUCACUACGAACGCAGUCUUCGAAUAUUCUCCUUCUUGGCCUAGCGACGUCCGACUUCUUUGUUGGUGUUUUCACACAACCGUCAUAUUGUGUGUACUUGUUCGCUGAAUACAAACGCGAUGUUUCGUUUUUCCUCAAAGUGCGAAAUGUUUAUGUUCCGAGUAACUCGAUUUUGGGGGUGGUAACACUUUUUACAUUGACUGCCAUCACAGGAGAUAGGUUCCUUGCUAUUCGUCUUCAUCUAAGAUAUCAAGAGUUUGUCACACCUAGACGUUGUGGUAUACUCUUGCUCUCAAUCUGGGUUUGCUCCAUCCUUGCUUCUACUAGUCGAGUAUUUCUCGAAAGUCUAGGAAUGCAGUUCAUUGGUUAUACUYUCGCUUUUGGUUUUAUUCCUUUGGUCCUUGUUUUGAAUGGCUUUUUCUUUGUCAAUAUUUUUCGGGCAAUACGAAGGCACUCGGCACAAAUACAAGCUCAACAGCCCUCAAUAAACCAGCCAUCUUUAAACAUGCCUAGGUUUAAGAAGUCCGUAAAUACCAUAAAUUACGUGAUAGGAGCUUUUGUGUUGAGCUAUAUUCCAUUAAUUGCGUUUUUAGCCGCUUUUGUUUUAAUCCAAAAGUGGUCGCAGGGAUUGAGGAGUGGGUUGGUUCUGGCUGAGACUGUCGUCAUGCUGAAUGGGAUCAUUAAUCCGAUCAUCUACUGUUGGCGAAUUACAGAACUAAGAAACGCAGUCAAAAGACAACUUUCUAAGCUGAGAUGCUGUUGGGAAUCGAGUGUCGAUGGAUCGAAUGAAAGAGAAUGA